UUUUGUUUGACGAUUUUCUUUGCAUUAAAUCCACCCCACCCUUUUUGACCGUAAUUCAUGUGGCAUAAUGUUACCGUUUCCGUGCGGAUUGAAGUGUAUUUAGUUUAUUAUUGCACGACCUUGCGUGCCCUUGAUUAAUGCCGCCCGCCCCGCCCACAAGUACUUUGAUCUGGGAAGCAUAAAGUGCUUUAUAUCUACAGAUCUCCAUUCGCUGGUUUUUCUUGGUUGGAAAACUGCUUUUAUGUAGUCCCUCGAUACAAGCACGAGUAUUUUUCGGUGCCAUUACCAUCCGGUUUAAUUAUUUUUGUUGCCGAUUUGUUUUCUGCCUUUCUUCUGGGCAUUCCAAUGGCUUCCGUCAAGCAUGGGAUCGGCGGAAAAUUGUUUAUAUCUGCGCAAUCAAAAUAAAAAAUAAACUUCAACUAUUUUCCGACAAACAAUUGCAUUGCUAAAGCAAAAGAGAAAUAAUGUGGGUAUGUUCUAGGCCAAAUCUAUAUAGUACCUAUAGUAUAGACACUACAUAUGUUUGUUGUCUGGACACCGUUCAAUCUGUUCGAUUUUGAACGAUUUAUUGGGGAAAUAUUUUUAGAGCAAGAUUUAUGGAGCGUGCGAUCCUUAAGUUUUGCUAGCCGACAAACUUUUACGGUUUUUAAAAAGUCGGAAAUACAUUAUUCCUAAAGAUCUUAGACUAUUUAGCAACUAUUUGCAUAUCUUUUAACAUGUUUGUACUUGAAAGUGUACAGUGAUUUAAUAUCACUUAUUAAGUGAUCGAAAGUAUGCAGUGAAUUUUUUAUACCAAAGGCCAGACAAAAUUUGUGGGAGUGCGGAAAAUUCCCCAAAGACGUGGGUUCCCACGAGCACCUUUGAUAUUUUGAUUAAUAGUGAAUAAUAACCAUUUAUUCUUAUAGGGUGUUCAUUGUUCCCAUCUGCCUGUGAUUUUGUUUACAUCUGCUGUCCCAUUUCCCUGGUUUAUUUGCUCUCGUUGAAAGGUCUUCACAUUGAUUGUUACCCAGAAUUUAUUGGGGGCUUGCAGAUGGCGAAGCGACGAUGAAAUAAAACGCCCCCAAAUAUGAGGCAUCUGCAACGAGUGAAAUUCUCCGACAAACUACAAUUUCAGUUCGGAACUCACUCUGUUCGCAUGAUGUGGCUGCAGUGGCUGAUCUGGCUUAUUAUCUGGCUCCAAGUGGCAAAAGCCACCAAGUGGUACAGCGGUGGAUUGGACUUUAACCAUCCCUCCGCCUGGAUAGAUGACCACAUGCCAUGUGCCCAGGACUUGGUCGUCUUUCCGGAAUAUUAUCCAGCCUUGUUGCCUUUGCCCGAGGAUUUAUCUAUUGAUGGUUUGGUGUUUGCAAAAGAGGGGGCGAUUCUCUUGGCCGAGGAAUCAACCAUUACCUUUGGUUCCAACAAGAACUCCGCCUGUGAGAGUGAGGACAAGAAAGCCUUCUUGAAGCCACCCAAAUCAAGUAAAUGGUUCGAUCCUGGCACUUGGACAGACAAAUCUAAGAAGAAGUUCUCCACAUCCACGCCAGAGCUUGAGAGGAUUCCCUGCGAUGACGAGCAGGUUAUAAUCAAGGGCCACGGCCCACUGGCCUUCGACCUCGAAAAUGUCCAGCACCUGAGACUGGGACAACUAAUCUUGGCUGGCUCUUCCAUUUCCAAAUCAUAUUUGGAGGAACUGAUCCCACGAGAUUUGGGGCAAUUUCUCUUUCACAACGCCGAGGACGUCCAGGUGGAGUACUACAGAGGAGAGCUCUGUGGCUGCCACAAGGACUUUGAGCGAUUGGUGGAACCGGUGUGCCACAAUGUUCAGGAGCAGUGCGAGACGCCCCACUGCCUGUCGCCAGUUCGACCCUUGGGAUCCUGUUGCCUCAUCUGCGGGGCCAUUCUAUCCACACCCACGAGUCAUUGCACUGAGGGCAGUAAAAAAGAGUUAAUAGCCAAAUUAAAUAAGCUCAUCGGCCAGAAGGACCAGAUCCAGCUCCAUGUGGAGUUUGUGGGCUCCCAACAGUUUGGAAAUUUCUUGCAGGUUGUACUCACUGAUCGCCUUAAGUAUAGCGAACAGAGCAUGGAAUUCUUGCAACCGCAGCUCGAUUAUUGGAAUAAAACUGGCACUACGCUAAAGGUUUCUGGUCGACCUUACAAUCCGAAUGUGAGCUUCUCCUCGAUUGUUCUGAUCCUCUUCUGCAUGGCCCUGGUGGGACUGGUUUCCGUUGUCAUUUUGGCGCACUUUAUGCCGGAGAACCCCUACCUGAAUCGGAUACCCCAAUGGAUCCACGAUCCCCGGCGCUGGAGGUGGCACCACUUGGGUGUGAGGCUGCGCCGCAAUCUGCUGUUCAAUCGCUUUGACAACGGGGGAGCAGGUGGUGGCUCCAGUGAAGGAGGAGCUUCUGGUGUGGAUCGUCUGGGAAUAAUGGCUUACGACCCUGAAAGUGGCGAAGUGCGGGAACGGGCCUUCGACAAUCCCAUGUUCGAGCAGGGAGCAGCCAUUGAAGUGGCAUCCAAGGAGUCGCAGGAACAGGAAAAAGUCUUGGGUGCCCCUCGAAUAGAGACGGGUGAUCUAGACGCAGGCAGUGUGGUGGAUGAACAGGAGCUUACGGAAAUCAACUUGGAGGUCUGCGGAGCGGAAACCGACGAGGAGACUAUCUAAUGGGAUUAUAUUUUAUAAGAAAAUGUUUUAUAAUCCUCUGUAUAAAUAUAUAAAUAAUUUUAUCUGACGUGCUUUCCAUAAUUUGGAA